GAUACCGUUAUCCGUCCGUUAAAGCCCGGGGAAAGUCUCCGUGACCGUUUAAAUCAGUAAAAAAAUGGCGCUGGAGUGUUCACAGGAGGCAGUUCUGGACUUUCUGAUGGCGAAAGGCGGGAGGGUGAAGAACUCUGAGUUAAUUGAGCACUUUAGAUCCGUUUUCCCACAGGAGCCGCAGAAGAAGGCGGCUGUACGCAACCUGUUCAAAAUGUACGUGGACACCGUGGCGUAUGUCAAAACCGAGGAUGAGGUGAAGUUUGUUUGUAUGAAAAAGAAGUUCCGAGGCUCGGUGAAGGUGACAGAGAGACAGAAACAUCAGCUUACAGCGACUAUGGGGGGCGACGGGCAGGUAAACGGCGAUGACGUACCUCCGAACACACCUGGAUUAAGUUACGGAAGUGAGGGCCAGGUGAUCAACACAGACGAGAUGGGGAACAGAGGGAGUUUUCACAGGAAGGAGUCUCAGAAGGCCAAGAGAACACGGGACAUCCCGGAAAUCACCGUGAUCCAGGCGUCACCUCUACCUGCAGUAGGAUCCAUGUUCGACCUGCCCGGGCCUGCAGACGCCGCGCCUACUGGACAGGUAGACCCGGCCAGACAGGUGAGCGUGGAGGAUGAUGAUGCAGACACCCGCAGCCUGUCAGGAAACGAUGGGAAAAGCCGUCAACACUUCAUCCAGGUGAUGAUGAGCUCCUCCCCCCAGGUGAGACGCAGCAUGGUGUUCAGGAACUCCAUCCACCUGUCCUCUAAGAGCGACAGUGACUCUGUCUCCUUGAUCUCCAGUCUGGAGGAUGACCGGACGUCCGUGACUCUGGACCCACUAGAGCAUGAGUGGAUGAUGUGCGCGUCUGAUGGUGAGUGGAGCAGCCUGUCUCCGCUGCUCGCCACCGAGCCCAGCCUCAUCCUCAGGAAGGACUUCAUCACGGGCUUCACCUGCCUGCACUGGGCCGCCAAACACGGGAAACCGGAGCUCAUCGCUAUGAUCAUCAACUUCGCCAAGCAGCACAAUGUCCCCAUCAGUGUGGAUGCUCGCUCCAACACCGGCUACACGCCGCUGCAUGUCGCGGCCAUGCACAACCACAUGGAGGUGGUAAAGCUGCUGGUGGGGGCGUACAGCGCCGACGUGGAGAUCAGGGACUACAGUGGGAGGAAGGCGUGCCAGUACCUCACGGACAGCGUCAGUGUGGACAUCCGUGACAUCAUCGGAGCAUACGACUCUCGCUCCGACUCGGAGAACACCCAACACAGUGACGGAGCACGAUGGCGAUUCUCCAGAGUUCUCCAGUCCAACCUGAAGCCGCUCAGACUGCUCCACCCCGAGGAUGCUGACUCCCUAGAUGGCGAGGAGCGACCCAGAGAGAAACCGCUAAGGAGGAAGUCAUCGUUCAGCAGGAUGAAGCCUAAACUGCAGAGACUACGUGUCAGAACAUCACAGAUCAUCCACAGCACGUCGUUUAGGGACCAUGAUGAGCUGGAGGGGUCGACCAGGUCGUCAUUCAGGCUCAGACCAAAGACGAGCUUCUUUGGUUGAGACAGGAUCUGGAAUAGGAUGGUAGGCGGGGCCAAUUUGACAGUCAGAGCAGUAUUAUUUUAAACCUGGGCUAGUGCUGCUUGACAAUGAGAAUCAUAAUCCUGAUUGUUAUGGCUGGCAUUGAGAUCAGGUUUAGGACUCAAAGCAAUCUGCCCAUCUCUGCCUGUCACUUGUUUAUUCUAAGUAAGGAGUCUUUUCAACCAAACUAGCCCCCUGCAGGCUUAAUUUACUCAACAGUAUACUCUGUUUUCUUGCAGAAUUAUAUGGGAUUGUAAACUAAUGAGGGAGAAAAGCGGAUAAAAAGUGGCCAAUAUUUACAGCUGAUAUAGACGGAUAGUUAGAGCUGAAAUAGGCUUAUAUUUAUAGCUGAUAUAUACAGCUGAUAUUUACAGCUGAUAUAGGCCUGUAUUUACAGCUGAUAUAGGCA